AAGUAUAUUGUAAAAGGAACCCAUAAACAUGAAAGGCCUUGGUUCCACUGGUUAAAAUCGCGCUUUUCUUCCUAACCCACCCGGGUUCGAAUCUCGGCACUGCAUAUUUUUUUGUCCGUUUUUUUUUAAUUUCUCUUUUAAUUUUUUUUCUUUAAAGUAAUAAAAACAUUAAAACCCAUUUAGGGUUAUAUUGGAAAACAUACGGCCGCCAAAUACACGAACAGCAGCAGCGAACAGCAGCAUCUCCGCAGCAAACAAGCCUCCGCCCUCCGCCCUCCUCCGCCUCCGGCUGCUCCGCCGCCUCCGGCUCCUGCUGCUCCACCGCCUCCGCCUCCGUCACUCCGUGAUUACAGAUUUACAUUCGAUUAAGUGGUGGAUACAUGAACGAUUCUUGCAUUUGUUACAUUGAAAAGGAGUUCUUACAACAAGUUUCCGUUGAGAGUGUAAUGCAACGUUUUCAAAAGAUGAAAACUCGUCGUCAACAACUUUAGGUAGUUUUUUUAUUUGUAAAGACUAUCGUAUUUUAUAUUGUGUUUUUAAAUUUCUAAUGACGAUUUUCUUUUCAUCAUUGUAUCGUACUUUUAUUAUGUGAUGAACCUUACCCGAUCCGAACCAUCGAACCGACCCGAAAUUCUUUAUGUUUGGUUACAUGAAAUUGGAGUAUCUAAAAAAGUGAACCCAGUGAAAAAUAUUCCUGGAUCCGCCACUGCUUUCACCCUACCUUUCAUAACUGUAGUAGAGAACGAAAGAAUAACUAAUCAAAUACAAAGAUCUUGAGCAUGGGUGCCUUCCUGGUUGCAUUGCUGGUUCUUGUUCUUGCAUGCUCCCCACAGAUUGAGGCUCAAACCUGCCAGCCUAGCGCAGGCAUAACUGGUAAAGAACCAUCUCAACAAUGCAACACCGAAAAUAACUCGGAGUGUUGCGUCGAAGGACAAUUUUACACGACCUACGAAUGUUCGCCACCGGUUUCAAGUACAACGGAGGCGACACUAACAUUGAACAGUUUCCAAGAAGGAGGUGAUGGAGGUAGCGAAUCAGCAUGCGACGGUAGUUUCCACUCCGAUGACACUGCGGUAGUAGCACUGUCAACAGGGUGGUUCAAUGGAGGUAGUAGGUGUGGCAAUUUCAUCAGUAUCAAUGGUAAUGGACGAAGUGUACAGGCCAUGGUUGUUGAUGAGUGUGACUCUAAUAUGGGUUGUGAUGAAGAGCAUGCCUAUCAACCCCCAUGCCGCAAUAACAUUGUUGAUGCCUCUAAAGCUGUUUGGGAAGCUUUGGGUGUAUCAGAAGUUAAUCAGGGAGAAUUAGAAAUAACUUGGUCAGAUGCAUAACUUUCUCUUUCUAUGUUCCAUUAUCAACUAAUAUGAUGCUACUUAUUUUAUUAUCUUUAAAAUUUGAGGAGAAUUUAUUAUAAUGUAACUGUUGUUAUUCUUUUGUUUAAAUAAAGUAACAUAGCAAUCUGGUUUGUAAGAA